AUGGUGGUCGCGACGACGUCACUCACACAAAUGCCCCCGAAACCGCGCGUGUCCAAGCCCCGCUUUCGCAGCGCUUACCAGCGCAAGAUGCAGCGCAUCUACCGCAAGGCGACAGCCGACGAGCGCCUUGCACUCCGAGCCCUCGUCGUGUCUCUUGAAGCCCAGGCAACCGCUCGACUGCAAGGAAGGAAGGACAACACCACCAUGUUGACGUGGCGAGAGACUGCUGUCGCGCUGCGCGAAGAGAUGGUCGCCGCCCAAAGCGAGAACCGCAAGCUUCGCGCGCAAGUCCGCAUGUGCCGCGACCUCAUCGAGAGCCUUCGCACGCACUUUGUCUGCCGAUGACACCAAUCCGUCGUCUUCGGUACGGUCGUGGGCGCGCUACGUGCACAGGCUUUAUUUACUCGUCUUACUCGGUUCAUUAAGAGCAUUGAACUGAGAGUUUUGACUUCCA